CCCAGGACCGAGGGCCCUGAGGUCGAAGCAUCAGGUGCAGUAGUGGUGGAACUUGCCGGGGUGCAUGCCCCCCAACAAUCCAUCCCCGCGGCUCCGGUCGGCGACGGAGAUGCCCUUCCCCAGGGUGUACCCACCACGCCGAGUGCGGGGGGCAUCACGCCAAGUUCCAGCAGGUCGACUUCGAGCCUCCGCACCCCCCGGAAGAGGGGGAUGUAUGGUAGCUACAGUGGCUCGGCCUGGCGAGCCUUGAAGAGGAGGAAGUGGAUCGCUGUGGAUGAGUCCUAGCCAAGCAGAGAGGCGAAGGAGCCCCUGUUUCCAUCCUCCGGAGUGUCGGAGCACCCCUCAGUCCAGCCUGCGCUCUCCGGAUGGGUCACGAUUCUCCUGAAUCGUCCACUGGUGGUUCGCGACCUUGAAGCCCCGAAGGCCACCGACGAGGGUGGCAUCGAGCUCGCGUGUGUGGCGCCGCCGCUCAUCCCGAUGCCGCCUGGAAACCCUUGGGGCUGCCACAAACCGGCGAGGGACCUGAUGUCGAUCCAGUGCAGGGCCACACCUCAGGUCACGCGGGUGGGCGCCGAGUCGACCGGGCCCGAGCUUCCGUCCGAUGCUGCUGGGCCUUCCGGCGCCCCUGCCUCAUCUCUGGGCACGGAGCAGAUCCCCGGCCGGGCGUUGGAGCUUGCGCGCAGUCGGGGUGCCAUCCGGCUCGGCUUCCUUCAGUGCGCGUGGGGUGAAAUGGACCGGCUUGAGGCGGAGCUUGGCGACGUCUAUACCCACCUCGAGGCCAAAGAUCAGCGCCUGGCGCUGGAGUGUCGCGGGCUCGAAGUGGCUGUGAACUUCAGCCACCUCCAGCACGAAGGCACUCACGCAAAGGACGAGGCAUCCACCAUAGUAGCCAAAGAGGCCCGUGACCGCACCUUCGUGGAAGCCGAGGACGCCGACCGGCGGCGCGAAGCCGCCGAGAGGCGCGAGCACGAGCUCCUGGCCUCCAUCGCGUCCUUGGAGCGGCAAGCCCGAGAGCAUGGGGUCAUGGCCCUCGCCCCCACACGUGGGUCAUCGAGCCGCGAAGAGGAGAUUCGCGCCGUGGGGGAGGCAUUGGAGCUGGUGGCGUCAGAGCAGGAAUUGGAGCUCGAUCAGCUGGAGGCGAUGGAGCGCCAAGUGAUGACCGCCGAGGCCGUUCUGGCUCUCGAGGCGAGUGUCCAGGAGGAGGCCAAUGAGAGGGUUGCGGAGGUCCGUUGUGCGCUCUCCUAGGACUAUCGCGCGAGGCUGAAGCUUCAGGAGUCCCGCUUCUACAAACGGCGCGACGAGCAAAAGGGAGAGGCCGACGAGCUAAAAAGGAAGCUAGCUGAAGCAGAGCGGCGCGAGAAAGCCGCGUCGGACGCCCAGGCCACAGCUGAAGUGGAGUUGUCCUCUCUUUACGAGGAGGUGGCGGAUGUCACCUCCCUCGUGGAGCGGGCGUCGGACGAGGUGAACUGAGUCCGGGGGCUACAGCACACGUGAUUCCAGAUGUUCCAGGCCCUUGAGCAGAGAGCCAGCCGGGCCCUGAGCGGCAUCUGCGACGAGAGCGUCUCGAGCCCGCUCGUUGCCGACGACACCGGCUACGUCGGCUUCUUCACCAGGGUCGUGGAGCGUCUUGAAGGUGGGGCUGAGAAGAUGUGCCAGCUCGUCAAAGAGAAGAUCCGCAAUCUCCUCGCGCGUGUGUCCUCGCACGUCUUCAGCCACCUUCUUCGCAUCGACCCCGACUUCGACUUCGAGGCCGUAACCGCCCCCGUGCCCGCGGUGAUUCGGGGCGCUUUGGAAGGCUGGGUGGAGGACCACGUGGACAACCUGAUCGCGGAGUUCACUUCCGCAGGUGGCGAUGGCCAAUCUGAAGCCAAGAGGCGCAAGGCUGAUGGCGGUGAUGGUGGCAGCAACGAUGACGACAGUAGCUUUGGUGACAGCAUGUCUCCCUAGGUUGCCCUUUUCCUGUCUCCUCCCAAAGUUCUGAACACGGCCCGGCAGGGACGUAAGAGUAUUUUUUGGAAAGACCCCUUUAUGAUGUAUGUACGAUGCGACAAUGUAUUCCCUUAGGCCGCCUUCCUCUUGUUAAGUGCGGGUGCACGGCUCCUGAGUAGGAGUAGCUUGUUUAUGUUACACGAAGCGGUGAUGCGCAGACAGGACCGCAAGACGGGUGCUC